AUUUAUACUUUAUUGUUAUAGACUGAUAUAUCUGGUUAUUACCUUGCAUAGGAGCCUUCAUAGAAUGUUGCUCUUCAUUCUGUGGACUGCCUUAAUGGGCCCUCUGGCCACUGUUCAAGCUAAGGGUUCCUGUUAUGCUUAUGAGAGAAAUCCGUAUGUGCUGUUCUCCACAUAUACUCCCUAUGAAUUUGUUCAUGAGAAUUCUGAUGAUCGAGUGGACAUUCCAAAAUGUCAUCCUGUACAAUUCUGGAUUUUAUCUCGCCAUGGAACAAGGUACAUUAAGGAAGAUGGUAUUAAAGAGAUGUGGUCACUUCGUAGUUUGCGAGAUGAGAUCAUAAGUAAUCUUGACAAAAGACCUUCAGAGGGUAGACUAUGCACCCAGGAUGUGGAAAACCUCAAGAAGUGGACACCACAGGCUGUCUUAACCCUCCCAAAUGAUUUGACUCCUCAAGGUUAUAGAGAUGCCUACUAUUUGGCACUACGCUACAAGUCCAGAUUCCCAACACUACUUAAUCGGUCAUAUAGACCUGACAAAUUUCAGGUUCAGUUCACAGAUACACAGCGAACUACACUUACUGCCUUUGCAUUUAUUGAUGGAAUAUUUGGCAGCACUGUUGAUAUAGAGUUACCUCAGCCUUUGUCUCCUGAUCCAGUUCUUAAGCCGUCAGACUAUUGUACGGCAUGGGAUGAAGAUGUCAAUCAUAACCCUGACUCAAUGAAGGAGGCUAAUGCAUUUCUGUAUGGCCCAGAGAUGCAGUCAGUCUUACAGUCUGUCUCAAGGAGAUUAGGAACUAAUAUUACUAAUGAAAAUUUGGAUAAUAUAUAUACUACUUGUCGAUUUGAAAAGGCAUGGCAUGUGGAUAGUGUCUCACCAUGGUGUGCUGCGUUUACUAAGGAUGAGCUUAAAAUCUUGGAGUACAAAGAAGACCUGGAAUCUUACUAUAAACGUGGCUUUGGUAAUGAAAUGAACAAACAUGUUGGCUGUCCUCUAGCAAAAGAUCUCCUGGAUCGUUUCAGCAAACUGGAGAAUGGUGAAACUCAGCCUUCUGGAGUGUUUUACUUCAGUCAUGACACAGAUAUUCAGCUGUUUUUCACCUCUCUUGGAGUUGGAAAAGAUAGAAUAAAUAUCACUCACUCCAACUAUGCAACUAUGGCACGUCGAAACUGGAGAACAUCCCUGCUUACACCUUUUGCAAGCAACUUUGCAGCCAUUUUUUUCAAAUGUGACAGAGGUGAACCAUUUAGAGUUCAAUUCCGCCUCCAGGAAAAGUUAUUAAGACUUAAAGGAUGUCCACAUAAUAGAUGGGGUCUGUGUGACUGGUCUGUUAUUAAGAAGAAGUAUGGCUACAUUUCUGAUACGUGUGACCUUAGUUUCUGUUUUAAGGAAAUGACAGAAUGAUUCCAGAUGUUCAUUGCAUCACACCUGAAUCUGGUUAGUCGAAACAGCUUUUAUAUCAGCACUAUCACAGUUAUGCUCAAAGUAUUUUAACUCUUUGCCAUAUCUAAUAUAAAAUGUGUGGUGUAGGAUAUGUGACUUAAAUCCUUCUUACUUUAAUGCCAAUCUGACCUUCAUGUGAGUCGUGUUUCCUUAGUAAUCAUGUUCUGAUGAUCUGAUGAUUAAGUCAUGGUCAUCUAAGAUAAAGUAAUAUUGAUCAGAUCUCUCUUUGUAAUUGAAUUUGUUUCCUAACUACUGUUCUCCCCAUUAUUCUGAAAAUCUGGGAAGAUCUGAGCCCUCAAAUAACAAAGAAGAGGAAAGAGGCAGUAGAUUCAACAUUAGUAUCAUCUGCCUUAUAGUUCAUGAAAGGAUGCUUUCCUUUAAUAGAUAAUUAUGUAGUAUUCUGUCUCCUUCUGCUACAAAUCUACAUAAAUUUGAAUGUUUUAACACUGUAUU